AUGGCCGUCGGCCGCGAGACCUCCAGCGCCACCCUGGCCCUGCGCGCCCCGCCCCGCGAGUUCCGGACGCCAUGGCCGCACGACCGCGUGCUCCCCGAGCAGCAUGAGCGCUCUGGCAUACCACAGUUGAGCAGCCAUGGCAUGUGGGGCUCAUGGGGCAAGGGACUGACUGGUGGCCACAGCAGAUGGAGGCUAGUGGGCAAGGAUUAUGUCAUAGAUACAGAUUCCGUCACAUUCAGUCAACCAUCUUUACCUGCAGCAACUUCCCUUGUCAAACCAAAUGGAACCUAUCCAAGAUCCCAAUAUGCCACUGUCCGAGAACCAGAUGACAAUUCUCUCGGUAGAGAAAUGCAACUGGAAUAUGAAUUUAUUGGCAGAUUCCCAGAAAAUGGGUCACAUGUUCUUUCCAACAGCUAUCCAUUCAACAGUUCAAAAUCAAUUCAAAGUAUCUGUUAA